AUGAAAAUCGUUGGAGUAACUUUGACUGGAUUUGCUAAAUAUGCAGAAAUAUUUAAAAGAAUAGAUUUUAAUACUUUGGUAGUUGAAGAAGCAGGUGAAGUUUUGGAAUCAAAUUUAAUAGCAGUUUUAUCUAAACAAAUAAACCAUUUAAUUUUAAUAGGUGAUCAUUAAUAAUUAAAACCACAUAUGGAAUGUUAUGAUUUGGAAGUCAAAUUUAGAGCUAUUGAAAGAUUGAUAAAAAAUGGAUUAGAAUAUGCUACUUUUAAAUAUUAGAGAAGAAUGAAAUCAAAGUUUGCUGACUUUAUUCGUUUAAUUUACUAAGAUUAUUAAGAUCAUACUUCAAUAUAAGAAUAAAAUAAAAUUGAAAUCGAAGGAAUAAAAACUGAUUUAGUCUUUUUUAAUCAUAGACAUAAAGAAGAUGAAAAACUAUUGUCAAGUUCUAAAUCAAAUAAAUUUGAAGCUAAGAUGAUUUUAAGAAUGGUAGAAUAUUUAUUAACAAAUGGAUAUAAAGGAGAAUAAAUAACAGUGUUAACUACUUAUUUAAAAUAGGCAUAAUAUAUAAAAAAUAAUGUAAACAAGAUGUAAGAGUAUAGUCAAUAGAUAAUUAUUAAGGAGAAGAAAAUGAUAUAAUAUUAUUAUCUUUAGUUAGAUCGAACACUAAUUAUAAAUUAGGUUUUGUUGCAAUAGAUAAUCGAGUAUGUGUAGCAUUUUCUAGAGCAAGAUUAGGAUUGUAUAUAUUUGGUAAUUUUGGUUUUAUUGAAGAGUGUAUAAAAGAUCAUUUGAUAAAGUAACAUCAAUAAAGAAAUCCUGAUAUUUCAGAUUUAUGGUUAAGAAUAAUAGAUUUAGCAAGAUAGAAAGGAGUAAUUUAGAAUUAUAUUGAGUUGAAAUAUCAUAAUAUUGAUACUAAAAUCUAUGAAGAAAAAGAUUGGGAUUAAGUUAAAGGAUGUGGUUGUACUUAUAUAUGUAAUACUUAAUUAUGUUUUGAUUCUAUUCAGUAUUAAACUAUUUGA